UACUGUACGCACGGGAGUGGCCAUGUCCGAAAGCAGGUCCGAAAGCAGUGGAUUGCCCUCGACAUCCCCCUUUUUGCUUUGGACUGUACUACGUUGCAUGCAUAGAAGUUGUCACACCACCCAGCUGAGACAACCAUCGUCAAACACAACUAUCUGGGAGCAAGUAUAACUACUCCGAAGUUGCAGCGACGAUAUUACAUACGACAAUGGGCACCCCCGAAUUCCGCAACUUCCAGCCCGACACGCCCCUUCGCCGCUUCGGCACCUCCUCCAAAAGCAACAUCUCGGCCACCAGCGGCUUCUUCUCCCCAUUUCGUCCUCAGGCUCGGACGUCCUCUCUGACCGACCGGCUGUUCGGCACCCCGGACAACAAACAGGCUCUUCAACCCUGGAAAGCCUCACACGAUGCUGAUAGUGUGUCUCAAGGGGAGGGGUUGACGCGGGUUCCGCCUUUUGGAUUGGGAGGGAUGGUAGGGUCACCCGGCCCCUCGUGUGAGGAUAUGUUUGGUGCAGGUGGAAGCACGAAGGAUGCCGAUGCGUACAUCCCCUCAAACGGCAGAUUCGAUGAAGAUGGACAUGCGGAUGAUGGGUGGAACAAGGAGGAAGGUGUCGGUUCGGAGGCGUCGACUUUGGGAUCCAGCCAACUUAAGUUUGAGUUCCCUAUCGACACGCAAACGACCGAGGAUGUGUUUGGCCUUGGGGACUUUCAGGAGGUGUUUGUGACUGAGGAGGACUUGGAUAAAGCGCGAGAGAAGCUCUCUGAAGAAGAGGCGAAGACGCCCGAGCAGUCUAUCAGUGAGAUCUUGCACACACUGCAAAGGUGGUGUGUGCAAGAUGAGAAGGCAGAAAAUGGAAAAGAUUCCUCAGACGAGGAGCCUGUAACCAUCUUCGCAGACGUUGUCAUCUGUUACAACUUCAUUGAACUAAGCUGCGGCCUCGUGCGGCUCCAUGAGUCCCGACUAUCAUGGCACGGCAUCCUGCCUUCAGCAUCACAAUUGAUGAAGAAUGCCGGCCCAAUUGUUGCAGGCAAACCUACUACAAUCAGCUGGUCGCGUGCUCUUCUGACGGACAUUCGGUUCAAAAACUUGUCGGACGGGAAACCGCUGCUCAUGUUUACAGUGGAAGAGACGCAUUUCCUGCAGUUGUGUUUCAAGGAGGGGAAGCGAAAGCCAGGCAGUGUACGGACCUCGUGCAGCGGAUGGGCGACUCUGCGAUCAACAGUGUACCCUCGAGCGCACCAGCUGCUUCACAAACGACAAACCCAGAGGCAGUGCGAUUAUCCCUCACGCCCCCGUCACCAGCGGCACUGUCGCCAGAGAAAGGUGUUCAUCUACUGCCUAUCCCCGCCGCGUUGCCGCCACAAACGCCUGCCCCACGACGCGUGUGGCGGGAUGCUGUUGGCAUACAUAGGAACGGCAGAAGCAUGUUGUCGCAAAGCGAAGCCGGCGCCGAGCCAGUUUCCGUCGUACAACCAUCUUCAGCAAGCGCAUCACCAUCACAUCCAUCACCAAAGCGACGGCCCGCAUCCGCUCAAAUACCAGCAUCCAUCAGGGAGUCUACACAAUCACAUAAAGAAGCCUACGAAGCACGCAAACGCGCCAUCGUACAAUCGCGUGAUGAAGCCAUCAGACUAGCUCACGAACGAUGCGACGCGCUUCUUGCCGAGCUUGAGCGCGAAAUGCUCAACUCCAGCAGUCGUGCUGAUGUCGAGGAACAUGCAGAGAGCAGGGAAAGCAGCGGUUUG